AUGCCCGCAAGACGCUACGGGUAUGAUGAAUCACUCAGCCGAGCAAGGUGCAUUCCUCUCCCUCGCUCACUGUAGCAAAAGAAAAAGUGUUUCUUGGAAAGUAUUUAUACCAGAGAUAUAUUUUUUUUAAAAAAACCCCAAAAAUGCAAAAUACACACGUGCGCACAAACACAACUAAAAUGCCCCAAAUCCUUCCCUUUGCCACGCAUUGCAUUCUAAAUCCUGUUCAAAUGAGAGAGGGGCGCCGCCCCCCAUUUUUUAAAAAUGAAAGGAAUGCGGGAAGAAAGAAGGAAAAGCGAAAGUUGAAAAGGAGGGAAGGAAGAAACUGUGCUGAGAGAGAGAGAGGAACGGGGGGAGCGUGAAGAGGGGGAGGCAGAAAAGAUGGGCGAGAAGGUGAAGAAGCGAGGGAGAAAAAGAGUGAAAGAGGAAGGGACCCGCGCGAAGGGAAAGGAGGAGCAAUGGAGAGAGGGAAGCGGCUUUUUCCUCCUCCUCCUCCUCCUCCUCUCCGUCUCUCCCUCCCCUCCUCCAGCUCCAGCGGGAGCCGCGUCCCUAACCAGCCCAGCCCCGGCGGCGGCAGCGCAGCCACUUACCGCUCCUGCCGGCCGCGGCCCGUCGGCGUGCCCGGCCCCGAGGGCUGCACAUGGGCCGCCUCCUGUCAGCAGCCGCCCAAGUUCAACGGCUUCCCCGGCAUCACCCCGCGAAGAGGGAGAGACAGAGGAGCCCCCGGCGCCUGCAACAAUAGCCGGCGCAGCGCCUCAGCAGCUCCCGGGUCGGCGCGCCCUCGGAGCGCGCAGCAGACGCCGCCGCCGCAUCGCUUCUUCUGGCCGGGCUGCAGCGGCAGCAGGAGCCGCGGAAAGGGGAGGGGGCUUGGCGGCAGGAGGCGGAGAGAGGCGGCGGAGGGGCUCGACGCCGCAGAGCCAGGCCUUGCCCCCGGGGAGGGACGGAGGGGAAGGAGGGCGGACCUCGGCUCGCGCCCUCGACGGGUCUGCGGGGAGAGGAGGCAACUCGAGCGCGCGGCUGCUCGGCUCGGCCAGUCCUCCCUCCCUCCCUCCUCCCAGGUAAUCCCUCCUCGGGCGGUAAUCCCGUCCCGAUUGGCUCCCGCCGGCCGGAUUUGCAUGUCAAUGCCCCCCCCCCACCCCGCCCUCCAAGUUGGCGAAGGGAUCUGGAGGAGGGGGAGAAGCGCGGCUGCGGGCACGCUGCGCAAAAGCGCGCCGAUCCUCCGCCACGUGGGUCAGGGUUAGUG